UGAGAUAAUGGCGGCUGCUUGCUCACUGCACGGUUCAGGGCGUUUGUAAAUUACGUCCUCGAGUUGACAGAUGAGACACUCUCAGCCUUGAAUCAGUCGACGCUGGAAUGUCAUUGUCCGCGUCACGCAGCUCUCUGUAGGCGUGCCCAGGUGUGGACAACGGGUCUUGUGUCCACUUAUAACUGGACAGGAUAGACAGGACACUGGCUUUGAACUACAUCUGGAUUCUAGCGUUGUAGAUGACCUGAACUAAGACCGACCUUGACAUGGAUAUGCCUGACCUUGACCUAGGUCUCCGCGAAGAGGAGUUCGUGGUUCAGAGAAACCCCGAGGCAUUGCUUGAUGUACUCACAAUCCGAUCUCUGCGCUCCCGGAAAAUGGACCCGGAAGUGACUAGCAUAGCGUCGGAACCUCUGCUCUCGUUAGAUCGAGAUAUCGACACGUUUGUGCGAGACUUCAAAAUAGAUGAUUCAAUUUCGGAUAUUUUUGCAAUGGAUGAAGAACCAAAGACUCCAAAAUCAAAACAGAAAGCUGCAAUGAGCCUUCACGGGCCCAUCCAGUCUAAGGGUUCUAAGAAAUCCUGUCGACGUGCUCAGUCUGUCGAUAACAUCCUGGAAGCUACUGAGAUUGGUUCCACCAGUUCCAAGAAACAAAAGACAUUCAGCAGUAUAUUUUCCAGGAAAUCAAAGGCGAAAUCUGAAGCUCGAAAAAAUAAAGUUUUAACAUGGCAUACGGACAUCAACAAUAUGCCUCACGCAGCGUCAGAAAUAAAACAAAGUGGAGGUAACUCUAAAUCUGUUCGUGAUAAGGUUGAGGAUGUCGACGGUGGAUAUAUGACCAUGAAUAAAGCUGUGUACACAGGUUCGAAUCCCCCAAAGGGCGGUACCAAAGACAAGGGUUUUGUUGGACUGGAAGAAAACCAUCAUAAUCUAGACAGUGGAUAUGCUGUUUUACACACGGUAUGCACAAACAACUCCGCGUAUGAUGCACUGGUGCAAUUCAUUGACAGAGGACACAAGGAGGACUUGAUACAUGACCUGAGCACUAUGCCACCAGAGGUCGCCUGCACUCUGUGCGACAUCCGAGGAAACACUAUUCUCCACAGGUGUGUUCUAAAGAACAAGGUCAACUUUGUGUCGGCCAUAGUCUCAAUACAUCCGGGGCUUCUUUCCCGUCCAAACAAGGAGGAGAUAACUCCGGCUGAACUGGCUGUAAAGCUUGGUCGUGUGGACUGCAUGAGGAUGUGCCUGCACAAAUGUCUCUCCGACCCGUCCACGACCUGUCUCUCCGAGCUGUCCAGUCUCCUGUCUUAUGCAAUACAGUGUAGACAGGACGCAAUGGCGGGUAUACUUCUAGAGCAUCUCUCAACUCUCACAGCUGGUUCUACGAAGCCCAUGCCGUUGCGAGAAAAGCGGGGUAACCCGAGUCACGUGGCGGCGAAACGUGACGACAUCACUAGCCUUCAGAGGCUGGUGGAAAUGGGAUUUGACGUCACUUCCGCACCGAUUGAUCAAAUUCGUCCAAUCAAUGUCGCGUACAGCCACGACAGUCAAACCAGCUUCCGGUAUCUCCUUCUGUUACAGGUUCUGGAGACUGUGAUGAAAGAGGCGAUGUCAUUGGAAGAAUUAAAAGACAGAUAUGGAGUUGCAGAUGCUGAGAGGAGACGGGGGAGAGACUGGAUAACGGCGAAAGUGCAGCUCCUUAAGAAGGCUCAUAGCCAGUACCAGAAACUGCUGGCCCGACACACGACACUGGCCCGAAAAUGUGCAGACAUCGUAGAGGACAUGAUUGAAGACAAGGAAAACAGGGCCUGUGAUGAAAAGUUGAAACAGCUCAGAUCAAUGUUGUCCUCAAUGAUGCACACUGGAUCUGAUAGCUUUGGCUUAAGCCGGGGAAUUGACGACAUUGCACACGCCCUUCAGUCAAGGGACAUUACUCCUUUACGUAAAGGGGUGACUGAUAUUGAGAACGCCCGAGAAUCAACCAGGUCUCUGUUGAAAGACGUUCACGAGUCAUGGAACACUCCAGACUUUGACAUGACACGCGAAGUGAAGAAAGCCCUUAGUCGCCCGACCCUUGAGACAUCAACAUCUAACCAAGGCGCAAAGACUUCAGUCAAAACAUCGCGGCGUUUGAGGAACGGAGGACAAGUUCAAGUCAGAUCUACUUGUCAAGACGGCGGUGUUGUUGCCGCGGCCGAUGACGUACGUAGCAGGCAUCCGGAGCGGAAGGGAACAACUUCUGGAGCAGUCAUUACCGCGGGCAGUUUGUCACAUGGAGCGACCAAACACACGAUCACUGCCAGACUUGGACAGCGGCCAAAAUCGAUACGAUGUGCUGAUGAUGGCCAUACGAGUUUACCAAGAUCUCUGAACAGAGACCAAACAUCGUCCCAUGAUUAUAUAUCUCUUGACAGAGAUGCAGCACCGAUAGAUCACGUGACCGAACCACCAUCAGAUGGAACAAGACAGGCGCAUGAACAGCUUCAACCUAAAAUGUCACAUGACUAUGCUGUUAUUGAUAAAAAUUCAAUCGAAAGACAAAAUUCUGCUAUCGCUGAAUGUAAUGAAAACGAAAAAACGAAAAUCGAAAAAAAUGUAAGGUCUGUAAUCGGCGAAGGAACCCCCGCGGCACGGAAGACUCCCCUCAGUGCUCAAAAAUCCCCUGAUUACGCGACAAUCAGUUCCGAUAUCGGAGAAAGAAUUGAUCUUGAGACUGAAAACAGAGAUUAUGGACAUAACGCUGACUUUUCAGAUGGGGAGACAAUGUCAACAAUUUCUUCCCAUAAUUCCACACUGCAGUCAGCAGUAGCGCACCUGUCACGUGAUUAUCUCUCGGAAACAGGGGAGAGUUUUCGUUCAGCGUCAUGUGUUAUAAAUGCACGUCAAGGAAACACAGAUAUCGGACAGUUUGACGUGUCUGAUUUCUCCGCAGACAAUUCUUCCGAUUUUUUGUCCGUAUCGUGUCCUACUCAAAAAAGUCAAAGUCAGAUGUCAUAUUACAGUGAAGAUGACGAUGAAAAUGUAUGUUAUAACUACGUCAGGCUUAACCUUGAAAACGAGGAUCUCCCGGAUGAGUUGCUACGCAAUCAUCGUCUCUUCCGCCAUCUUGAAGAUGUGCGACGUCUGAGCACAGAAAACAGUGACGUCAUCGAAACUGUUGUCACGGCGUCUGGCGACAGAAUAAGCUCGGAUUCUUCUGAUGAGAGCUCGAGUCGAUUCAUCAACGUUAGAGAGGAGGAAAGUGAUAAAUCGGUACAAGAACAUCCAGUGAACGACAAGAAAAAACGAAAAGUCAAACUUUUCAAUCAUUGUGAAUUAGUUUCCAAACGAGAGUUAACCCAGUCGGACUUUUUCGAGUGCUACGAUCGAUCAGCUGACGUCAUUCAUUCACAGCGUUGCCAUGACGACCUUGAUCUGCCGUGGGAUCAACUACAGUUUUCUGAUACUGAAGAUGAACCUGCUAAAGACAGACCAUGGUACGAAGUCUCAGAAGAUGAAGAAAGUCUUGCGCAUGCGUGGUCAAGUGACAGCGAGGCUUCGACGUUGUGUGAUAGCUCGUCUGACUGUUGCUGAUUCUUCGCUCCGUGAUGUAGAACUGCGUCCAAAAUAUACCAGUGUAAUGUUCCCAUUAUGACAUGGACGCUACAAUAAUAAAAUGCCUUUGUUGAGUGUAUAUUCUACAAUAAAAUACUCA